GCAUUUACAGUGUUAUUGACACUCAUUAAACAGCAAGUUUGAAAGUCUAAGAGUCUCAUCCACACUGUCAACAAGUUCAUCUUCCAAGCCCCAGUCUUCUCUUUCCUAGGGCUCAGGACCCUUCCCCUGCCACACGCAGGCAGCCUUGCACACCUGGGAGAAGAACAACAGACGAAAGCUCUGAGCCUGGGACUAACUACUGCUGCUGUUCUCAGCGGGAGCCCCAGCGCGGAGACCUGAAAAGAUGGGGCCAGGUCUUCUGGGAUGCUUUCCUCUCCUAUUGCUGCUGGGACUAUGGUGGUCAGUGUGUCCACUUUGUGCUUUGCCUAAGCAUCUCACCAAGGCUCGCUGGUUUGAAAUUCAGCAUAUACAGCCAAGGCUUCUCCAGUGCAACAAGGCAAUGAGCAGUGUCAAUAAUUAUACUCAGCACUGUAAGCCUCAAAACACCUUUCUGCACAACUCCUUCCAGGACGUGGCUGCUGUCUGUGAUUUGCCCCACAUCGUCUGUAAGAAUGGGUGGCACAACUGCCACCAGAGUCCAAAGCCUGUUAACCUGACUCAGUGCAGUCUCACUGCGGGGAAGUAUCCUGACUGCCGCUACCGAGAUGGCACCCAAUACAAGCUCUUCAUUGUUGCCUGUGACCCCCCUCAGAAGAGCGACCCUCCUUAUCCUUUGGUUCCUGUACACUUAGACAAGGUUGUUUAAAGUUUCCAUCAUUUUCCCUCUCACUUGGCACAAAUUCUCUUACAAUCUCUUCUGAUUUUUCCUUUCUUUUGUUGAUUUUCCUGGUUCCCAUAGAAGGAAAAAGGAGGGUAUUGGAAAAAUUAGAGUGAUGAGGAUAGACCAGAGUUGGGACAAAAAAUAUGUAGGAUUCUUUUCUGCUUUGGAGCUCUAGGUUUUGAAGGAAGAUAGUAGGGAAGAGGGCAAAGAAGGGUCCAGGUCUCCAUAUUUUCAGCCUUAGAACUUCGGCCAACUUUUGUUGUAUUGUGUUCACAGAAAUAAAACCAUGUUCUGCUGCAUUCUAA